UAGGGUUGACAAAAUCAAGUCGAUUCUCGCGCGGAUUUCGUCCGUCUUCGCCGUCAUUACUACACGAGCUGUAUAAUGCAUUUGUAAUUCGCGCGGUCUUUGUCUCUGCCACCUGGUCGUGUUUUGAUCGAGUGCUCGCGAAGUCGAGAAUAAAUAAUUCAUAGAUUGGCGAUCAAAGGACUAAUGAGAAAGUCUCGUAGCAAACACUGCUCUACACGGGCGUAGAUAGCUUGCUUACAAUGUGAACACAGUGAACAGAAUCGUGAGGGAAAGUGUCCACAUCGACCAAGAUGGGCCUUCCUAUACCUGCCAUAGUUUUUAUGGCAGUCAUCGGUGGAUGCUGUCUGUUGCUAUUGAUUCUUUAUCAAUGCUUAAAGGCAGGAUUCUUCUUCAAGACUGAGCCUCCCGAAAGACCCAACGAGAAAGACUACGCCGAACUCGGCGAAGCAUACGGUACCGAGACCGACGAUGAUUACUUAGGCCCUUCGUCAAAAGGAACGAGUCGCCGAAGUAGCUUUAACACUAGCGGGAGUAAGUCUGACGGCGAAUUGGCUUUGGGAGAAAGCGCUUCGGUUUGUGGUUAUGGAAGAUACUCCGACUCCGACUAUAGCCCAGGUGCUCAGAGAGCUAUUUCAGCAUAUGGGGAAGCCAUUGAUGGGCGAGAUGAUCUUCUCUCUAAUGCUGGUAGGAUACAAGUAUCCGCUAGCUAUGCUCCAACAUCUGAAAAACUGACGGUCAAUAUUAUUCGCGCCGAAGACGUCCCUACCAAGCAACGUGGUGGGGCUUCGACUGUUCAAGUUCGUAUUGUUUUAUUGCCUACAAAAAAGCAAAGAUUCAAAACCAAGRCAAAACCCGCAACUAAUCCUAACUUUCAGGAGACUUUCGUGUUCAGUCGUGUACCACAGAGUGAGAUGCACGAAUAUACUCUAAGAAUACGACUGUACGGCCAUGAACGAAUAGGAAGAGAUAAGCUGUUAGGAGAAACUAAUAUUGUUCUUCCUGAGUUCGAGUUGGAUGGGGACGGAGCUGGCCUCUGGAGAACUCUUACCCCGGGAAAUGCGAUCGGGGGCUCGGAUUCUAUGUAUGAUUUAUCUGACACAGCUAGCGUACGAAGCGUUGGUUCAUAUGGGUCAUCAUCUUCAUUAGCAAUGGCACAAAGUGGCGCUCCAGAACUUCUUGUUUCUCUUUGUUACCAGUCCCUCACUGGCCGGCUAACUGUAGAAGUACUGAAGGCCAGUAAUUUACGCAACCUCUCGAUGCAGAGAGCACCAGAUACCUACGUCAAAGUGGCCAUGUUCAACUCAAUUGGCCAGCAGUUAUCCAAGAGCAAGACAUCCAUUCGCCGUAGCAUGUACGACCCAGAAUUCAACGAAACAUUCGUCUUCCAAAUCAUUGAGUUUGAAUUACCAAGCGUCAGUUUAAUGUUCUCCGUUGUUAAUAUUAAGAAAAUGCGACGAAAAGAAAUCAUUGGAUGGUUUUCCAUGGGCAAGGACAACACAGGAGAGGACGAAGAGUCUCACUGGAAGGAAAUGACGGGAGGUAAAGGAAAACCAGUCAGACGAUGGCAUGUGCUUAGCGCUGUGGACUAUUGACCUUAAUUAUACAUUAUUAGCCAACUGAAACAUUCAAUAUUUAUCAGUCAAUGCUCUUGCAUGUAGUGAGAGUGAUUUUUCUUCGCCUGUGAAAGAAUAGUCAACGUUAUAGACCAAAUUCAAAACUCGCACCGAUGUGAGGCUUAAGUUGUGAACAAAGGAAUAUGGCGUGAUUCGUGACUUUUGAAUACGCCAGAUUACUUUGAGUCACGCCAGAUCCCUUUGUUUGCAACUGAAGCCUCACAUCGGUGCGAGUUUUGAAUUUGGUCUAUACAUAGUAGUAGACACGAAGUCCAUUUUUGUUUUGUUUUGUUUUGUUUUUGUUUCUUCUUUACUUCGACUGUUAGUCACUAAUUAGACAAUUUUGUUUCACGGGCCAAGUUAAACUUCUCUUUUGGGUUAUCGCUGAAACUCGACCAUUAUCAAAUAAUACCCUUCAACGAUAACAAUUUGYAAUUGCGUAAAGAGUGUGUUAUUAGUCAUUCCGAGGUUGAGUGAUAGCCUGGUUGGAUUUUGCAUUGUAGUGUAUUGCGGGGCUCCUUUAGGGGACCAAAUAGACGCCAUCUUGGAAAUAUGUCCACUAAAACAGUCCCACAAUGCACUGCGAUGCCAACUAGACCCAGUCCAAUUCAAUCAACCUCGAAAUGGGAAAUAUAGGAUUUCAAAUUGGAAUUUAUAUACGCUACUAUAAGAUAAAAGAAUGUUUAUGUAAGGGAAUUACCGCAAGUAGGAUUUAUUUAUUUAUUUAUUUAUUUUUGACCAAAUCAGUAAAGGGACAGUCAAGGAACAUUUCAAAGUUCUAGAUAUAUUUGCCAAAGGAGAAAAACUGUGAUAGCGGGUUUAAGAGCAGGUCUGUAAAAUCUCGCUAAUUAUGCUAUUAUCAUUAAUUAUUCAGYGCAAAAACUGUAAAUUUAUCAAACCUUUAACUGACGUUUCAACUUGGCCUAUUGGCUACUUGAUUACAGGUAGCACAUGCUUCUAGCUCAAGAUUAGGGCCUGCACUUUCCCCUCUGUAUUGGGUGUAUUGUAUUCCCAUCCGAGUUUUAGACUUCGUGUCAUGAUCUUGAAAAUAAGAUUUUUUAAGACUUUGUGCAUGUUCCCCUCUAUUAACUAUGCUUUGUGUGAGUGGUAUUCAUAAGGCACCAUUAGACAAAGAAAUCAUACAUUAGGGAUUGACACAUGGUCUGAAAUGGAAAAAUAUUACUGGAUUCAUUCAAGUGACGUCCACGACGUUUGUUUUUGUUUUGUUUUUUCCUCCUAAAAACGUCUGUAAAAUUGUUCGUUAGCUUUAAGAAAGCUUCUUGUAAAUACCCGAAAUUGGAACUAAGCACUUAUUAUGAAAUAGUAUUUGUCUGCAAUAGUGACGUAACAGAUCAAAUUAAAACGAGAGCGAGUGUUUGAUCAGAGCAUCCAAACUUCGAGAAACAGAUGAAAGAUGCUUUUUUUGUUAUGAGGUGUUUGGAUGGCCUGAUCAAACACGAAGCACGAGUUUUUGAACUUACUUCYCAGUCUCAUCAUAAUUCAUUUGUUCUUGAAUCUCCUGAGACUAAAAAAGUGAACAGUGUUUUGACCAGUGUCUUGAUCCGUUUUUCGAUCAAGCAUCAAGGUGCGURCAUGCGACUACAAUGCAAAGCCGCCAUUGGUCAUUGACUUUAUGAAUUAUUAAUGAGUUUAAGAAAACUAGCUCCAGUACAAGUGGAGAACUUAACCUGGUGUAGAGGUUAUCUAAGUCUUUCUUUUCUUUCAAUGAGGGAUGAGCUCUAUGUAAUUUUCCUUUGAAAUCUCUCCUUUUUGUCGUGCAGCUAGUUGCGCAAUGCACUUCGGGAUUCAUUGCUAAUUUCUUCUCGAGCUAUCCCAUGAUCCUUUGAAAGAAAGGAGGAACUUAAUUACUGACUCAAAUGCGUAAAAACACACCUGAAAUUGCCGGUUUAUGUAAAAAAAAAAAUCAGACACUUGGGAAAAAUAAGGGAUAUAAAUUAAUUUAAAUUGGGUCUAUUUAGGAAGAAAGAAUCUUACGAAGAUUUUUGUAAUUUUGGAAUUCUUUGUAAGAGAAUUUCUUGUUAUUUGUUUAAGUUUUAUUAAAUUUUUCGUAUCACAA